UCCGGCAGCCGGCGGAAAUUCUCGAAAUUCUUAUUGUUUUAGUGUUUAAUUUCAUUUUAAACACAAAUUCACCAAUUUUUUCGGAUUUAUCUCACAUAAAGCAGUGAUCAGAACUCUCCACAAAAGAAAUGGCGUCGUUUCUUGACCAGAGAAGAUCUCGCAGAUACACGAUUGGCAGCAGCCCAAGGAAUGCUCAGUUUGGGGAUGAGUUGAAAGCACUGAAAAUCCAAAUUUGGGGCGAAGGGCCGAAGCCCCCGAGAUUCGUCGCGUUUGAAGAUUACGUUGCUCAAUUGAAGGGAUUGCCUGUUGCUCCGCCUCCGAAGAAAAAGAAAAUCGAUGAUGAACCCAGAAAGAAACUCCUCCAGAAAAUUGAAGAAAUAAUGUUUGAAAUCAUCACAAGCUUAUUCCGCAAGGAACCAAUCUCCCUGACGCACCCCCCUGUUUCUUGGAAGCAAGUGCACUUCACCAACAGGUUGGAGUACGGGCCUCGCGUUCCGCGGAAAAACCAGGUGGUCUCGAUCACCCGAAAGCGAAGCCGGCGCAACCUUUCCCUUCUGGUGCGAUUGCUGGAGAAGGCGCACUAUCUGCUCUCCACCAACACAACCGUCACGAAACGCGAGCUGUACUACCAGUUCCUGCUGAGGAACCAGGCCAUGCUGGACAGGGGCGUGCUGGUGGUGAGCCACAUUCUCGACACGCCACCCUGGCAGCUCGGAUUUCUGUCCUCGGGCAAGGGCGUCGUCGUCGGAGACCUCACUAUCCACUUUGAUGAAGACAGCGUCCAGUGCAACAGAUACUUGAUGGUCCCAACGGACAUUCACCGUGCUACGAGUCUCACUUCCGGCGCACUCUUUGUCUUGAUCGUGGAAAAGGAGGCGAUUUUCCACCAGCUCUGCGAAGAGGAUCUCCUCUCGCAUCUCGGAUCAAACAUCCUGAUUACUGGCAAGGGCUACCCUGACAUGUGCACUAGGCAGCUGGUGAAAAUGAUCGCGGACCAGUUGAAAAUUCCCAUCCUGAUUUUGGUGGACGCCGAUCCGCACGGAAUCGACAUCAUGUGCACCUAUCGAUUUGGCUCUUUGGCCAUGUGCAAGUUUUCUCAGCAGUUGGCCGUGCCUGAAAUUCGUUGGAUGGGCGUGCACCCAACCGAUUUCGACUUCCUCAACCUGGACAAGAGAGGCCUGGUUCCUCUCACUGCCAGGGACAUGACUUUGGCUAAAAACCUGCUGAAAAGAGACUACAUUAAGCAACAUUCCCAGAUUAAAGAACAGGUGGAACUUCUUGUGAAGAAAAAGGUCAAGGCUGAGAUUGAGGUGAUUGUCGGUAAAGCAAAAUAUUUCCUGACCUACUUCUACAUGGAAUGGAAAGUGAUUCAAAAGAAAAGCAUUUGAUUUCAUCUGUAAAGGUAGGAGGAAUUUUAAUAAAUUCACAGCCAUCUUGGUUACAAUUAGAAACA